GCCCGUAUCGCUCUCUGCCUCUCUCCCACCGCAUCUCCCUCCCCCGUGGCGCCGCCGCAUCUCCCUCGCCCGCCUCGCCGCGCAUCUCCCUCGCCCGCGUAGCAGCCGCAUCUCCCUCGCCUGCGUCGCUACAUCUCCCUUAACCGCGUCGCCGCUGCCCUCUUUCUCUCGCGUCAUCUUUCGCGUCAUCCCUGCUUAGUUGUCCCAAGAUUCGAUUUUUACCGCCGGAGGAGCUGCUGGAGUAGGAGGAGCUGCGGGAAGAGGAUCUGUGGCGGUGAGAAGCUGCCGGAUCUGUGCGGCUGUGGGGAGCUGCUGCAUCUGUGCGGCGGUGACAAGGAGCAGUAGGCGGUGCCGAGCGCCGAUGUGCCGAAGGAGAGGAGGAUGGUGAGCAGCUGGACCCACGAUGGCACCUCCGCCCUGCCCCCGUGCUUGAGCGCGUCGUACACCACCUGACGCCGAAGGAUGCGGUCGAACACCACCUGCGGCAGCUUGUCGUCGCCGUGGCCGCCGCCGUCCUCCUCGCGUGCGGCCUCCAUGAGCGACUCCUUGAGGAGCAGCUGUUGCGUUAGGUGGCGAGAGGAUGGACGCGGUGGCCCGGCUGUGCGUCCAUGGAUGAUGACUCCUUGAGGGUGACGCUGACAGUGGUGCUUGUGGUGCCCGACGCUGACGUCGUGCUCGUGGUGCCCGACGCCUGCUGCUUCAGUCAUUCAUUCAGAGGAGUAUCAUCUGCGUGUCCGAUGUGGAAUUGCAUGUUUUGGAGUCUUGUUUGGAAUUAAGAGUACUGGAGCUCACCAACUACAUCUUGCCCGGGAUCGAUGCCCUCUUCCUCUUCCAUGUUCAUAUCAUCUUGGAGUACUGCCUAUUCUGAAGUUGGUGCAAUGGAGCCUGGAGCUGCACCUUCUGGACCUGGAGCCUGUUCAGGACCUGAAGCCGGCGGCGAUCUGCAGUACCUGGAGGUGGAGCUGGCGAGGCCCUGGGAGGGUGACGGCAAUCUGCAGCAGGGCGCUGGCCUUGGGAUGACGAGGUGGGGAUUUGCUGGCCCAGGACGAGGAGGGGGAUCUGCUGGCCCAGGAAGACGGGGAGGAUGGGAGGGGAUCUGCUGGGUGAGAUGGGAGGCGAUGGAGGUGGAGGAUCCAGAGGUGGGGGGCGAUGGAGGCGGGCGGAUCUGGAAGACGACCUGGGUGGAGAUCGAGGAGAGAAUUCAAAAUUGAAGGGUAACCUGGUCAUUUCGCUGCUUUUUCACCUGGUCGGGAAAAAUCCCCAGCGUCAUGUAUUUCGGAACGGAGGGAGUAAAUAGUAAGUAAAUAAAUGUCUCAACUUUAGUACAAAUAUCAGUAAAGUAGUGUAGUUAGGGAAGAAAAGAGUAGGGUAGAUCGGACAGAGUAGGGUAGUCAGCCAUAGCUCAAACACUGCAUAGGAAGGAAGGUAUCGAAGCAUUAGUGUUUUGCGUC